AUGGCUUCUCUAAUUCCUGAUGAUGACGAUGUGGGGUCGGGCAAAUUCCCUACUGACCCUACCCAGUUCGAUCGCGACCCUCGGAUUUCCUUCUCCAAGCUGGACGACAAAUACAUCCUCGAAACCUACAAUGGCCAAGAGUUUGUGUACGAUUCAGUUAUCAAACGGUGGGUCCAAACAGUUGAUGAAGAUCUUAUUCGCCAGCAACAAGAAUUCUACAAAGUUGAAGGUGUCGAUGAGAAUGAAGCGGUCCACCCCCGAGACAAGAAAAAGCGCAAGGCUGACGAGGAUGAACACGCGAAGAAGCCCAAGAAAGCACGCAUGAACACCGCCAUUUUCGUUUCCUUAAUUCCUCACAACGCCAAGCUCGAUGAGAUCCGAGAGGUCUUCUCUAAAUUUGGCGUCAUCGCUGAGGAAAUCGACAGCGGUCGCCCCCGAAUCAAGAUGUAUCAUGAUGAGAACGGCACGUUCAAGGGGGAGGCUUUGAUUGUCUAUUUCCGACCCGAGUCGGUCGAUUUGGCGAUUCAAAUGCUUGAUGAUACUGACUUCCGACCUGGAGUGCAGGAUCCAUUGGGACGUAUGAAAGUUCAGGUCGCCGACUAUUCCUUCAAAAGCCAAAAGGAGGCGCCUACGAAGACUAGUAAUCGCGAUAAGAAGAAGAUCAUUGCUCGCACCGAGCAGAUGAACCGUAAACUGGCGGACUGGGAUGACGAUACACCGUACGCUUCCCCACAGAAAGACCACAAGAACGAGAAAACUGUGGUUUUGAAGCACAUGUUCACCUUGAAAGAGUUAGAGGAGGAUGUCACGGCCAUCCUUGAUAUCAAGGAAGACGUCCGAGAGGAAUGCAGCAAAAUUGGCGAAAUCACCAAUGUUGUGCUUUAUGACAAGGAACCGGAAGGCAUUGUUAGUGUCCGAUUUGUCGAUGCUGAGGCGGCACGGCAAUGUGUCAAGGUCAUGAAUGGCCGCUACUUCAGCAACACUCGCGUGGAGGCGUACGUGUCAGAAGGCCGCGAAAAAUUCAAGAAGACCAAUGAACGUCGCGCAGAUCUCGAAAAGAUGGCAGAGCAUGGAUUCGAAGAUGAGGAAGAUGAGGAAGCCGACAGACUUGAUCAGUUUGGAUCGUGGUUGGAGGGCGAGAACGAGAAAUCGGAGAAGUCGGAGAAGUCAGAGAAGUCGGAGAAAUAG